ACAUUAGGGUCAGCCCCCUUUGUGGUACGCCCACUCUCACACACAUCUCCCUCCCUCUCCGACACUCCUUUUGACAAAUUGAGCUUUUUCGGCUCUGUCUGUACUCCCACCUGUACGUCAAAACACAACACUCACCUGCAUUCCUGCACUUCCCUUCCCACUUCCGCUUCUUCUAACCAAACAUUCUUCUUCUUCUUCUUCUUCUUCUUCUUCUUCUUCUUCUUCUUCUUCUUCUUCUUCUUCUUCAUCAUGUUUCAAUCCCACCUCAACCUAGCCCUUCAUCUUUUAUCCUUUGUCAAACACCAAAAUCCUGACCUUCACUCUAAGCCCCCCUCGCUACUUCCUUCAUCUGCCAUUGAUAUCAUCUCUGAAGCUAAAUCCCUGUUCUGUCUCGCUUUCCCUAUUGCUCUCACCGCUCUCAUUCUCUACUCCCGCUCCAUUCUCUCCAUGCUUUUUCUCGGCCAUUUGGGUGACAUGGAACUCGCUGCUGGCUCUUUAGCCAUCGCCUUCGCCAACAUCACUGGCUACUCUGUUUUGUCGGGCCUCGCUCUCGGCAUGGAGCCACUCUGCUCCCAAGCCUUCGGCGCUCACCGCCCUAAGCUCCUCUCCUUAACCCUCCAUCGCACUGUCAUUUUCCUCCUCGUUUCCUCAAUACCCAUUUCGUUUCUCUGGCUCAAUAUGUCCAACGUCCUCUUAUUCCUCCACCAAGAUCCCACCAUCACCAAAUUAGCCCAUACUUAUUUACUUUUUUCCCUUCCCGAUUUGCUCUCUAAUUCCUUCAUUCACCCAAUCCGCAUUUACCUUCGAGCUCAGGGUAUAACCCUCCCUGUAACUCUAGCCUCCCUCGUCGGCUCCUUCUUCCAUUUCCCCAUUAAUAUCCUCCUCGUUUCCCACUUCCGCCUCGGCAUCGCCGGCGUCGCUGCCGCCUCCGCCGCCACUAAUUUCGUCGUCCUCAUUUUCCUAAUCCUCUACAUCUUGAUUUCUCGAAUCUUUGCCCCCACGUGGACCCCACCCACCCGCGAGUGUCUGACUGGCUGGACCCCACUUCUGAAACUCGCCGCUCCCAGCUGCGUCUCCGUUUGUUUGGAGUGGUGGUGGUAUGAGAUCAUGAUCAUUCUCUGCGGUCUCUUGACAAACCCCAAAGCCACCGUAGCAUCCAUGGGGAUCUUGAUUCAAACCACAUCCUUGAUUUAUAUCUUCCCAUCCUCUCUCGGGUUCGCCGUUUCCACUCGGGUCGGUAACCAACUCGGAGCCAACCAACCCGGUCGAGCCAAAUUGUCCGCUGUAGUCGCAGUGUUUAUAGCCGUAAUCAUGGGCUUGUCGGCGACUACGUUCGCCGUGUCGAUACGAAACGUAUGGGCCCGGCUUUUCACUAACGACCUCGAAAUCAUACGGUUGACAUCAAUGGCGUUACCCAUUUUGGGGCUAUGCGAGAUCGGAAACUGCCCCCAGACAGUGGGCUGCGGUGUUCUGAGAGGCAGCGCACGACCGUCGACGGCCGCACGUAUAAACCUGAGCGCUUUUUACAUAGUGGGGAUGCCAGUAGCAGUCGGGCUGGGAAUUGUCUUCGGAGUCGGGUUCUCGGGUCUAUGGUUGGGCCUAUUGUCAGCCCAAGUGAGUUGCGCUGGGCUGAUGCUAUACGUAAUCGGAAGCACCGAUUGGGACUUACAAGCGGAGAGGUCGAAGGAGUUAACAACAUCCGACGUCGUUUUACACGAAGACGUCCAGGAAAAUACUCCUCUGACUUCUGUAGUAGUGUCAUGAAAACACCAAACCCUAAAUUCAAUUUUUUGAAAAAAAAAGUUUUAUUUUUAUUUAUAAAAAAAAAAAAAAAAAAAAAAAAA